AUGGUUGAUUAUAUUGAACGUAUAGCACUUUGUUGGUUGAUUCGUGUUUGUGGUAUAACAACAUUUUUAUUAAAUGCUUUUCAACUCAAUUGUACAGGAAAUUCAGCUGAUAUGACAUUUGAACAUCGAUGUCGAAAUAAAUCUAUUCUAUUUUUAUUAAUUGAUAUUGAUGGUCAAUAUAUGCAAACACGUUCAACAUUAGAAACAAGUUCAAAUAAUUUAUUUAUAAAUCUUGAACGAUUAGGAACACGUGAUUUAUUAUUUUACGGACAACUUUCAUAUGAUACUAUAUUAAUAUCAAUUCAAAGUAAUAAUACAUUACUAAUGCCAGUAAAUAGUUUAUUCGAUCGUUUAUUUUCUCGUCAUGGUCUUGAUUUAACAUCUUCACUACAAAUUCUAAUUGAACUUUAUGUUCGUUGGUUAACAACGAAUACAAAUAAUUUAUGUCUUCAAUUAAAAUAUGAAUUAAUACGUUCAUUUAUAUAUCUUUCUGAUUUAUUUACAUCAUCACAACAAUUAUCUAAUUUAUAUGAUUUAUGUGAUGAUUAUUUUCGUACACGAUUAUUACAAGCUCCAAAUGAAAAUAUAAAUUCAUUAAAUAAUGAACAUGUAAAUGAAGAACAAGAAAUGAUUGAUAGUUCAUCAAUAAUAUCAUCAUAG